GGCCUAUUGUUGGCCGAAACGCGUUCGCACGCGACAUCCGGGCCUAUUGGUCUGGCGUUCUGACUUGAGAAAUCUUUUUCUUACCUUUCUCGCUGUUAGAUCUUAGUUCUAGUCUUAGAUCUACUCUUAGGAGGCUUGCUGCGGAUCGAAUCCUAUAUUUUCCCAGCUGGGGGCACUCAGUGUGUUCACUCCAGUCCUCAGGGCACCUGAGGAGACUGAGGAGGCUCCAGUGCAUACACCUGACACGCUGGAGCCUCCUCAGCCUCCUCAGGUGUGCGUACACGUGAAACAAUGGAGCCUCCUCAGUGUCCUCAGGUGCGCAUGGCCUCCCUUUGAAACACCCCCCAACCACCAUUCACCGUUCAAUCACCCCUCACCGUUCAUGGGGGUGCGGAUCUCAUGGCUGAUGUUUGCCAAGAACUGGCUCUUGGCCUGGCUGGCUGCUUCUGCCGCCUCCUUGGCUUUCCUGAGCUCCUCCUCGUGCCUCUUGAUGUCUCUCAAGUCGUGCCACACCGACACCACCUUGGUCUCCCCAUUCACGUGCAUCAGCUGCAGGCCAGAGAAACACAGGGCAGAACAAGGAGGAACAAGGGUGAUGGCGAGAGGAGCAGCAGGGGUGAACGCCUUCUGCCGCCUCCUUGGCUUUCCUCAGCGCCUCCUCGUGCCUCGUGAUGCCCCGAAGGUCAUGCCACACCAACACCACCUUCACGUGCAUCAGCUGCAGUCGAGGGGGGGAUGGAUGGAUGGAACAGGGGUGAUGACACGAGACAGCGCACGGGGAAGAGAGUGCCAUCCGCGCUGUAGUGCCAGCACUCCUCAAUCGCGCAUUCGCCCCGCAUCAUGCGCUCUGUCAUGCGCCCCAUCUUCGCCAUCACGCUCUCCCCGUCCGGCUGCAUCACAGGCGUGAACAUCGGCACGCUCAGCAUGUGACAGAUGGCGGCUUUUGAUUGGUACCCGAGCAUCUGCACUGCCGCCUCGUUGCACUCCUCAAUGAGCUUCUUCUCGUCGAAUCCCAUUAUGAAAAUCGGAUCCUGUGGGGUUUUUGGGCGGCAAGAGUGCAGGAGGAUAAGGGGUUGGGCGGCUGUUGGGAUGCAAUUUGGCCUAGGGGGGAGGAUAUGAUAUGAUACGUGGGUCUGUACGAAGCCAAUGUGAAUGAAAUGGGACUUAAAGA